CGGGAAAGCCUGAGCUCGUCCUAGCCCCAGCCCCCAGCCAGGGCUCUCUGGACCAGGGUGGGCCUGGCGGCGCGUGCGCGCGCCUCGCGUGCCGCCUGCUGUGAGCGCGCGUGAGUGUGCGCGCGGGCCCCGCCUGCUGCCGCAGACCGUCGGCUGGAGACCGAACCCCUCUGCAGCCCCCUCCGCCCAGCUGUUUGUCGGGAAGCCGCAGGGCCCAGGCCAAGCCUCGCCCUCCGCCUCUUUUUUGUCGCUCUCCCGCUCUCCCUUCGUCCCCGCCCUCCCGCCGCGGGUCCCCAGCUCCCGGUCGGCUCCUGGCAGCCCCGCUCUGCUCUGGCGCCUGGAGAACAGCAGGUCUCCUUCCCAACAGGCACGAUGGAGCAGAACGCAGUGACUGUGAAUGGCGUUGCUGUGGGCUCUACGCCGACCCAGCCCACCCAGAUCAACAUCCACAUCCACCAGGAGUCGGCCCUGUCAGAGCUGCUGAAGGCACUGGGCUCCCUGAAGAAGUUCCUUCCUUGGUCUAAGGACGCUCAGCCUUCCAAGACCAGGAUAAGCUAUGGGCAGCUGGCUCUCGGGGUGGCUCAGAUCCUGCUGGGGGUCGUGAGCUGUGCCAUCGGGGUGUGUCUCUGCUUCGGGCCCUGGAUCGAGCUGCGCACCUCGGGCUGCGCCUUCUGGGCAGGGUCUGUGGCGAUCGCAGCCGGGGCCGCGGCCAUAGUCCACGAGAAGCACCGGGGCAAACUUUCGGGCUCUGUGUCCUUCCUGCUCAUCCUGGCUGGUGCCGCUACGGCUGUGGCUGCUCUUAUCGUCUGUGUGAACAGCUUAACCUGGCAGACCGAUGGCUUCUUCUACAUCGACUCCGUGUGUGAUUGCCCAGGGGCUGUCGAGCCCACCACUGGGUACAUAUGGAAGCAGAGAAAAGACCGCCCAGAGUGGCAGGAGGAGCAGUGCCGGGCCUACAUGGGAAUGCUGGUGAACUUGUACCUGUCAAUCCGAGCCCUGCUGCUGGCCAUCUGUAUCCUGAAGGUUAUCGUGUCCUUGAUUUCCCUGGGCAUGCGUCUUCGCAGCCUGUGUGGCCAGAGCUCCAGCCCCCUGAAUGAGGAAGAGACAGAGAGGAAGCUACUGGGGGAGAAGUCAGUGCCCCCCUCCCCCUCUAAGGAGAAGACCCCGGCCACCAUCGUGCUGUGAGCUGCCAGAGCCCCUGCUGGGCCCCCUCUUGUGCUACGUCCUUGUCCAGAGCUGCCCAGGACCCUCCCAACCCCGUCCUUGUGCUUGUGCCCCCCCUGGGCCACCGUCCUGCCCCCUCCUGCCUCCUGCUCACAGUCCACACCCACUGCUCGCACUCUGGGGCUCGCAAAUCCAUGCACAGAUAUUGCCAUGUUUCCCCCAAUGCUGAUUAAAAAGAAAUAACCAGGAAAAGCAA